AUGGCACCGAGUGUGGGCGUAACUCACAGCCGUGGCAGGUGGGGCUGUUUGAGGGCACCAGCCUGCGCUGCGGGGGUGUCCUUAUUGACCACAGGUGGGUCCUUACAGCGGCUCACUGCAGCGGCAGACCCAUUCCCGGAUCUGCUCCAGUGCCUCAAGCUCUCCAUCGUCUCCCAUGCCACCUGCCAUGACGUGUAUCCCGGGAGAAUCACGAGCAACAUGGUGUGUGCAGGCGGCGUCCCGGGGCAGGAUGCCUGCCAGGGUGAUUCUGGGGGCCCCCUGGUGUGUGGGGGAGUCCUUCAAGGUCUGGUGUCCUGGGGGUCUGUGGGGCCCUGUGGACAAGAUGGCAUCCCUGGAGUCUACACCUAUAUUUGCAAGUAUGUGGACUGGAUCCGGAUGAUCAUGAGGAACAACUGACCUGUUUCCUCCACCUCCAGCCCCACCCCUUAGCUUGGGUACCACUCUGGCCCCCAGAGCACAAAUAUCUCCUCCAUCACUUCCCCUAGCUCCACUCUUGUUGGCCUGGGAACUUCUUGGAACUUUAACUCCUGCCAGCCCUUCUAAGACCCACGAGU